GCACAAGAUGCUGACCCUAGAAGCCUUUGAACCUUCGCCGGGGGUGUUGGCGGGGUUGGAUUUGCUGGAAAGACAUGGAGGGCUGGAUUAGUUCCCGUCUUCGCAUCUGCAUUGCCAACGCAUCAGUUGGUCUGUGUGCUGUCCGCGUUACUCCUCCAUCUCGCUCCUCAUAAAUAUGAUCGCGCUUCUUAUUUCCUGCCCUUCCUUCCUACCUGGCCCCCGAUGCUUUCUUUUCUUUGCUUUUCUUCCUUUCCGCUUCUGCUUCUUUCCUUUUUGCAUCGAGUCUGGUCCGCAGAUCACAGCGGAAUUGCCAUCGGAAAUAUUCAGUCUCGUGCCUGUUAUUUCGACUGUCUUCCCUGAAAAUUCGCAUUUAUUUCCAAUCGUUGCUAGAUUGCCCAUUCUUUCACUGGAUCGAGUUCCGAUAGACACCCCCCCGAAAUAAAUGACAUACUAUUUGAAAAAAACAAACGAAAUCGAAGUCGUCAUGACAGAUCACAUGAACAA